AUGUCGUUGAAACAGGAAAUCGAAACCUGGGUGACAGCCUUGGCCCGUUAUGACAACAAUGAAUUCGACGACUCAUUGGGCGAGUUCGACAAGAUUGCCGACACAUCCAAGAUCCUUUUCAAUAUGGGCGUGAUCCAUGCGACUUUAGGAGAGCACGAGAAAGCUGUUGAGUGCUACCAGCGCGCCAUUCGACUCGAUCAAUACCUCGCCGUUGCCUACUUCCAACAAGGCGUCUCCAACUUUCUCCUCGGUGACUUCGAGGAGGCCUUGGCGAACUUCAACGACACCCUGCUUUAUCUUCGAGGCAACACAAUGAUCGAUUAUGCGCAACUCGGUCUUCUUUUCAAGCUUUACUCUUGCGAAGUUCUCUUCAACCGGGGUCUCUGCUACAUCUAUCUCCAACAAAAGGAUGCCGGCAUGCAGGACCUGUCAUAUGCAGUAAAGGAGAAGGUCGUUGAGGAUCAUAAUGUCAUCGACGAGGCUAUCAAGGAGGAGGCAGAGGGCUAUACAGUUUUCUCCAUUCCUGUCGGCGUCGUCUACAGGCCGAAUGAAGCCAAGGUCCGCAACCUGAAGAGAAAAGACUACCUUGGCAAGGCUCGCCUCGUGGCCGCCUCUGACCGUGCCAAUGCCUUCACUGGCUUUGCUGGUUCAGAGAUGAAGACGCAACAAAGACAAGCCGUCAAGGACGAUCGCCCAGCCGACAACAUUUCCUAUGCCGCUACGAACCUCAUCAAGCCCGGCAUCCAGUCUCGAUCAACCGACAACAGUCGCAAUGUCUUUCCACCCACGCCGCCACCGGACAAUGACAGGGCCAGCGGUGGCAGUGGAAACGGCAACGCGAGCGGCCAGAUGACUCGAGGCCAGUCUGUUCGUAACGGGCCGAAGCCUCAACUCGCAAAGCUCAACAUCGACACCUCAGGUGGUAACAACAGAUACGAGAAGACAUCAAGCCCACCAAAACGCCGACCCAUCAACGCCACACGCUCCGCCAGCUCCACACCCGCUCGAGGCUACUCCCGGCGUGACCAGCAGCGCCGCUACCAUACGGGACGACGAAGAAGGAUGGUGAUGCCUAUCCCGACGAGUUGUACGAUAUGUACCAGGGAGGGUCGCAGCAGCCGGGGCCCUUCUCGUCGCCCGCAACAACAGCAGCGGUAUAUCGAGGAAGAGGACGAGGGGUCUGAGUACGAUGACGGGUCCUUCGACGAGGGUGACUUUGAAAUGGUCUCCAACACCCACCUCGGCGCAUGGGCACCAACUCAACAUCGUCAGGCGGCCGUGGGGCGUCACGGAGGCCCGAUGUCCGAAAGGUCCGCGUUAAGGUUCACGCUGAGGAUGAUUCGUGAUAAGUUUGGACUGCGCCGGCGAUUCAAGAUUACAGUCCGCGACGACGACGGUGGCCCGAACGGCGACAUGAUCACUAUGGGCGAUCAAGAUGAUCUUGAGAUGGUCAUCAUGAGCUCCAAGGCUAUUGCCAGGAGGACAGGGCAAGAGAUUGGCAAGAUGGAGAUUUGGAUCCAGGAGCUGUAG